AUGUCUCGAAAUUAUAUACGAGAUUAUUAUCAAGAUCCAAAUUCUUCAAAGUGGACAAACAAAAACUAUCCUCAAGCAGCAAUUUUUCCAGUUCAAUGUGUUCAUCAUUCAUCAGACCAAUCUCAUCAUAAUGGUAGACUUAAUAGUGAUUAUCUAAUAUGUUUAGAUAAAGACAGUUAUGAUGUUUCUCUAAAAAUCAGCCAUUCUGAUUGUUUUUCUCUAAUUGCUACAUCUAUUGAUCAACAACAGAAUCAAAUUGAAAGAUUUCUUCAUUCUACUCACACACAUAAUAUUGCUCAACUAAUACAACAUUUAAAACUUAAUAAAAAUAAUACUAAUUAUAUACAUCUUGUUUGCGAUUCAGUUCCAUAUAAUUAUAUUUGCCAAUAUUUACAAUUUGCUCAUCAACAUACAUAUGAUGUAUUACGUAGUUGA